AUGUAAAGUUCUCAAUCUUACUCAAUGGGAAAAUAGAAAAGAAGUGAAAUUUUUGACAAAGAAAAAUGCCUCACUCCAGCACCUAAUCAGUACUUUGAAAGUUCUAAUUAAAAGACAUAAUCGGGAUGGAAAAGUAAAAUCGCGCCUGGGCCUGGGUACUAUGAUCCAUUUAAGAAUAGUUUUGAAAUUUCUCAUAGAGAAAGGGCUAAAACCUAGCAAAGGAAAAGGAUUAAAAGUUCUGAAAACAUAAAGGAAUUGAUAAUACAAAGAGAGAAAGUUUAGAGUCCUGGUCCUGGGCAUUACUAAAAUGAGGAUGCAUUCAAGCAUGCAUCAUAUCUUGGAGGAACUGGUUCACAUUCAGGUUUUGCAAUAAGUUUUACCAAAGGAUAGAGAAAUGUAAACUUGGAUAUUCAAAAGAACAAAGAUUUACCAGGCCCAGGGCAUUAUUAUCAUUUAGAAUUCAAAACUCCUUAAAAGAACAAUGAGAUAGAUCGAAGCAAGUUAUAUAUCCAAGAAUAAGUAAAAUAAGUAUACAAUCCUGGGCCAGGAGAUUACAAAAUACUUGGCGAUUUCCAAGCAAAACUAAAGAAAAUUUAAUAAUAAAAACAGCGAUAACAAGAAAAAAACAAGGAAAUUAUUAAGAAAAUAAAUCAGAGAAGUAAUUCAAUCCUAAACAUGAGCUAUGAUAACUCGUAGAAUCUUUUAAAAUCAACAUUUAGUUAGCAAAAAAUGAGUCAACCUGGACCUGGUUAGUAUAACCUGAAUUCAACUUAAGAUGUUUUAAAGAGUAAUAAGCGAAUCUUUAUUGGGACAUCUAGUAGACCCGGCUUAGAAAAUAAAGAGUCUGUAAAAUUCAUUCCUGGGCCAUAAUAUCUGCCUAAUUUAUCAAUUUCAAGAAAAUAAUCAUCUAAUUGGAGUUUUUCUUUUGGUUCGAGGAGAAAUUUUAAUAGGAAUCAUUAAAUAUCACCUGGGCCAGGUGAAUAUAAUCUAACUUCAAUAGAUAAAAUAUACCAACUAAAAUCUAAUCAAAGUAACUUAGAUAAUAAGUCCCAGAGCUAGUUGAAGGAUAAAUCAUUUGAUAGGGAGAAACCAGAAUAACUUGGAGCUAUUCAAUACUUGCCAAUUAUGGAAUAGAGUCAUAAACGUCAUCCAACUCAUAAAAUCGGCACUGCUAAGUAAAGAUAAGAUCUUGCAAUUAGAGGCUAACUCGAAAGUCCUUCUCCUGAUAAAUACAACAUUUAGAGUGUGUUUGAUAUAAAUUAAAAGAAGAAGCAGGGAGUUAAAUUUACUAUUUCCGCUAGAAAGAUAAACGAAAUCAUAUAAAGAAAUUAGAGUCCAGGACCUGGUUCUUAUUUAAUCCCUUCAACAGUUGCUAAUAUCCCAUAUUAUGAAAAAUAGAGAUUGCUCAAAAGUAAAUAAUGA